AUGGUCACGCAAGAUUUGAAAAUGGAUGCGAUCUGGGGCAGCGAGGAAAGGAACAUCCUGGAUGAGAUCACCGGCACCUUUGAGGCUGGUCGCCUCUCAGCCAUCAUGGGUCCGUCUGGCUGCGGAAAGAGCACCUUGCUUGACGUCUUGACCGGCAAGAAGAAGACCGACUCAAAAUGGACAGUCAAAGGUGACAUUCUCAUCAAUAAUCAGAAGAUUGACAUCGAGUCAAUCAAGCCCAUCAUCGGCUUUGUCCCGCAGGAUGAUGUGGUGCACGAAGGGCUGACGGUCCGCGAGAACAUCUUUUUCUCUGCGGCCAAACGUAUGCCUGCGACAACCUCGAACUCAAGGCUGCGGGCCAUUACAAACGAUGUGCUACAGGUGUUACAGCUGGAGCCGAAGCAGAACUUGCUCGUGGGGAACCGGACUCGGACGGGCGAGGGCUUGAGCGGAGGCCAGAAGAAACGUGUCAACGUGGGCAUAGAGCUGGCUGCGUGUCCAACGAUUCUGUUCUUGGACGAGCCCACUUCUGGCUUGGACGCAACUGCUUCUUUGCUGCUGGUCCAACAGCUAAGAAGGAUGCCGGGCCAACCGUGCAGGCAAAGUCGCACUUCCAAGAACUAG